GGCAUUUCCGAUUUCCGCGUGAACGGGAAAAGAAAACUGAUUACGAGAGGAAAAAAACAAAAGAAAGGCGAGAAAAUAGGGGACUUCCCUAGGGCUCGAGUUCGGCGGAGGAAGGACGACUCCCCGGUGCUCCGGCGAGAUCGAGGUAUCCCGGCGAGUAAUUCCCCGCACGAUCUCCAAUCCACCUUCCGAUUCGGGGCGAAUCGGCGGAGGAAUUAUUGGAAAACCACUGCAACUAGAACCGCUCUUGGUGGGGCCGGAAUUGUGGAAGGGAGAACUGGGGCUGUUUUGGCCUGAGGAUUAGGGUUCGGGAACGCUGGUAUUUAUCCAAGUCUUCUUCGUCUUGGCCGUUGCGGAAAAGUCGGUUCUUUAGGGUUUUGAAGGGGAGGGGGGUGUUGGGGCUCCGCAAAUUCCGAAUCUUUUCCUUCUUGGCAACGGGCGCAUGCAAUUAGGUGGUGGGGCCAGCGGACCCGGCCGGAACCCGGCGGUGGCGCCGCCGGGACGGCCGUCGUCGUCGUCGUCUUCUGCUUCACCGUCGUCCUCCUCUUCCGCUGCGUCGGCCUCCACCCAUCUAGGGUUGGAAUCCAUCCAGCAGCAGCAGCAGCAGCUCGCGCUGAGGCAGUCAUUACAGCAGCAGCAGCAGCAGCAGCCUCUGAGAAGGUCUGAAGGAGAUCCUUAUAGAUCUGGUGGGUUACGUGGAGUCAUUGGCGGGGAUAACUUUCGAUCAUCUUCGGGUGCUACAUCUGUGUCCCAGACACUGAGGAAUUUCAAUGAUGUAUAUCAUCCUCAUGCUGGUACCCAACUGCGUUACGGGAACCAGAAUAAAGGGCAAAGUAUAGAGCAACAACUUCAGAACCCAAUUCAUCAAGCUUACCUCCAGUUAGCUUUUCAGACUGCUCAACAACAAAAAUCUCAUGGGAAUCUGCUAGUCCAGCAACAAGGUAAGAUCAACAUGGUUGGUCCCUCUGGGAGAGAUCAAGAGAUGCACAUGAACAAUUUGAGAAUACAGGAUCUUACACCUUGUCAAGCAGCCAAUCAAGCACAACCAUCAAUGCUUACAAAAUCAUCUGAACAUAUUGGACCUGGUGAGAAGCAGAUGGAACAACCACAUGCUAGCUCUGAGAAAAGAAAUGAACUAAGGCCUCCCGAGACAGUAAUUGGGCAGAUAACACCAACAAACAUGUUAAGACCCAUGCAAUCAUUACAGGCACAAGCAAACACAGAGAAUAUUGCAAACAACCAGCUGGUGAUGGCUCAGUUGCAAGCUAUUCAAGCAUGGGCCAUGGAGCGUAACAUUGACCUGUCUCAUCCUUCCAAUGCCAAUCUGAUUGCUCAAGUUUGGCAGUCUGCUAAAUUGGCAGCAAUGCAGAAGCCAAAUGAAAUCAGCACUACUGCACAACAGUCAUGCUUGCCUUCCUCAAAGCAACAAGCCUUGUCCUCACCAGGUGGCAGUGAAAAUUCAGCUCAUGGGAAUUCCUUGAGUGAUCACUCAGUGAAAAAUCAACAAACAUUCUCCUCGGGGUCAAUAUCAGGUGCUGGGGGUUCUUCGACUUUAGUGAAUUCUUCCAAUAUUCAGAUGCAGAAGCAACUUGCCAUUCAGAACAAGGAGAACCAAAAUGAGAGGGCUGCCAAAUCUCCAGUGGCAAAUGGGAAUGGAGGGCUAAUCGUGCAUCCACCACAAUUUUCUGGAAACAUGAGCCAGACAAUUGAACAUUCAAAUUCUAAGAGCAAAUUUUCUGGCACUCAAACACUACCAAUGCAGUAUUACAGUCAAUUGAAGCAAAUGAACCAACCAAUGUCUCAACCUGCAGUUCCUUCAACUGAGAACAUUGGCACCCAAUUUCCAUCUCAUGGAGGAUUAGCUCAGGUUACCCCCCAAAAUAUUGGGUUUACGAAGCAGCAACUUCAUGUUCUUAAAGCACAAAUAUUAGCCUUUAGGCGUAUAAAGCGUGGUGAUCGUAAACUUCCACAAGAAGUUCUUGAUGCCAUUACACCACCACCUCUUACUUCGCAUCUGCAACAGGUUUUCCUUUCACCAGGAAUUGCUAACCAUGAAAGAACAAUUGCAAAGAAUGUCAACGAGCGUGUAAGUCAUGCAGAGACUGUUGAGAAGGAUUCUGUGCUUUCUUCUACAAGUAGAGGACAUGAUUUGUCUAAGGAGCCUGUUAGUGUGGAGGAGAAAGCAACGAUGGUUAGACACUUGGAACGAAUAUCAGAUUCAGCAAAAGAAGUCGCACAACUGGCAUCUGUAGAGCAGAGCGGUACCAUUUCUGUUAAAUCUGAGCAGGAUAUUGGACAGGAAUGUCAAAAGAUUUCUACCAAGAGUGAUUAUAAUGCUGAAAAGGGUAAGGCUGUUCCAGUGCACCAUGCCACAAGUGAUGCUGGACAAGUAAAAAAACCAGCCUCCAUGAGCAAUGCAGCAAUUUCAAAAGAUGUUGUUGCCACCAGAAAAUAUCAUGGUCCACUCUUUGAUUUUCCUUUCUUUACGAGGAAACAUGAAUCGUUUGGAUCAACAGCUGCAAAUAGCUCAAGUAAUUUAAUAUUAGCUUAUGAUGUGAGGGAUUUACUUUUUGAGGAAGGGACUGAAGUCUUUAACAAGAAAAGGACAGAGAAUUUGAGAAAGAUUAGUGGCUUACUUGCUGUUAACUUAGAGAGGAAAAGGAUUAGGCCUGAUCUAGUUUUGCGGCUGCAAAUUGAAGAAAAAAAGCUUCGACUUUUAGAUCUUCAGGCUCGUCUGAGGGAUGAAAUUGAUCGGCAACAACAGGAGAUAAUGGCAAUGCCUGACAGGCCAUAUCGUAAGUUUGUUAAACAGUGUGAACGCCAACGCAUGGAGCUCAUGAGGCAAGUCCAGCAGUUGCAAAAGACAACUAGAGAGAAGCAGCUAAAAUCCAUCUUCCAGUGGCGCAAGAAGCUCCUUGAGGCUCACUGGGCUGUUCGAGAUGCGCGGACUACUCGCAAUAGAGGGGUGGCUAAGUAUCAUGAGAGGAUGUUAAGGGAGUUUUCUAAGAAAAAAGAUGAUGAUCGAAACAAAAGAAUGGAAGCAUUGAAGAACAAUGAUGUGGAUAGAUACCGCGAGAUGUUGCUGGAGCAACAGACCAGUAUUCCUGGUGAUGCAGCACAACGUUAUGCUGUUCUCUCAUCCUUUUUGUCUCAGACGGAAGAGUAUCUUUACAGGCUUGGGGGAAAAAUAACUGCUGCAAAGAAUUAUCAGGAGGUGGUAGAGGCAGCAAAUGCUGCUGCAGUUGCUGCACGUUUGCAGGGUCUUUCUGAAGAAGAAGUCAAGGCUGCUGCAUCAUGUGCCGGUGAGGAAGUCAUGAUUAGAAAUAGAUUCUCUGAAAUGAAUGCCCCAAAAGAUAGUUCAUCUGUUAACAAGUACUAUAAUCUGGCACAUGCUGUUAAUGAAAGAGUUGUAAGACAACCCUCAAUGUUACGGGCUGGUACUCUGAGAGACUAUCAGCUUGUUGGACUUCAAUGGAUGCUUUCAUUGUAUAACAACAAACUGAAUGGGAUUCUGGCAGAUGAGAUGGGUCUAGGCAAGACUGUACAGGUGAUGGCAUUGAUUGCUUAUUUGAUGGAGUUUAAAGGGAACUAUGGGCCACAUCUCAUAAUUGUUCCAAAUGCUGUUUUAGUGAAUUGGAAGAGUGAAUUGCAUAAUUGGCUGCCGACUGUGUCAUGUAUUUUUUAUGUUGGUGGAAAAGAUGAACGAUCCAGGCUGUUCUCUCACGAGGUUUGUGCCAUGAAAUUUAAUGUGCUUGUUACAACAUAUGAAUUUGUCAUGUAUGAUCGCUCAAGGCUGUCAAAAAUUGAUUGGAAGUAUAUAAUCAUUGAUGAAGCCCAAAGAAUGAAAGACAGGGAGUCAGUUCUGGCUCGUGAUCUCGACAGAUACCGUUGCCAAAGACGGCUGCUUCUUACUGGGACACCUCUGCAGAAUGAUUUGAAGGAACUUUGGUCCCUCCUAAAUUUGCUUCUACCAGAAGUAUUUGAUAAUCGAAAAGCAUUUCAUGAUUGGUUCUCGAAACCCUUCCAAAAGGAUGGUCCUUCACAUAGCUCAGAGGAGGAUGACUGGCUUGAGACUGAAAAAAAGGUUAUUAUAAUCCACCGCCUUCAUCAGAUAUUGGAGCCCUUUAUGCUAAGGCGCCGUGUUGAAGAUGUGGAAGGGGCACUUCCUCGGAAGGACUCCAUUGUUUUGAGGUGUAGAAUGUCAGCUAUUCAGGGUGCCAUAUAUGAUUGGAUUAAAUCCACUGGUACCAUUAGGGUUGAUCCUGAGGAUGAGUUACGCAGGUCUAAGAAGAAUCCAUUGUACCAGGUUAAGGCCUAUAAGAAUCUUAACAAUAAAUGUAUGGAGUUGCGGAAGGCAUGCAAUCAUCCUUUACUAAAUUACCCUUAUUUUAAUGACUACACCAAGGAAUUCAUUGUCAGAUCUUGUGGCAAACUUUGGAUCCUUGAUAGGAUUCUUAUAAAACUCCAGAGAGCAGGUCAUCGUGUGCUUCUCUUCAGCACUAUGACAAAACUUCUUGAUAUAUUAGAGGAAUACUUGCAAUGGCGACGGCUUGUCUACAGACGGAUUGAUGGUACAACCAGUCUAGAAGACCGUGAAGCAGCUAUAGUGGAUUUCAACAGCCCCGAAUCCGAGUGUUUCAUUUUCUUGCUUAGUAUUCGUGCCGCUGGAAGAGGUCUAAAUCUUCAGAGUGCAGACACAGUGGUGAUAUAUGAUCCAGAUCCAAAUCCUCAAAAUGAGGAGCAAGCAGUGGCCAGGGCUUAUCGCAUUGGACAGCAGAGAGAGGUGAAAGUCAUAUAUAUGGAGGCAGUUGUUGACAAAAUCUCAAGCUAUCAGAAAGAAGAUGAUUUGAGAAAUGGAGGUACAGGAGAUCUGGAGGAUGAUCUUGCUGGUAAAGAUCGGUAUAUUGGGUCAAUAGAGAGCCUCAUACGUAACAAUAUCCAACAAUAUAAGAUUGAUAUGGCAGAUGAAGUUAUAAAUGCUGGACGGUUUGAUCAAAUAACAACACACGAAGAAAGGCGGAUGACUUUAGAAACACUAUUGCAUGAUGAUGAGAGAUAUCAAGAAACUGUUCACGAUGUUCCAUCCAUGCAAGAGGUAAAUCGCAUGAUUGCUCGUAGUGAAGAAGAGAUUGAGCUAUUUGAUCUAAUGGAUGAAGAUUUUGUGUGGACUGGUGAUAUGGUGAAGCACAAUCAGGUUCCCAAGUGGCUUCGUACUAGUUCUAGAGAAGUAACAGCUAUUAUUGCUAAUUUAACUAAGAAACCAUCAAAGAACAUUUUAGCUGAAAAUAUUAACUUGGAAUCAGGUGAAAUAUAUUCUGGCACAUUCCCUGGUAAAACUGAGAGACGAAGAGGUCGGCCAAGGGGUCCAACAACUAACAAAAACCAUUCUGUUUACAUGGAAUUGGAUGAUGAAGAUGGUGAGGAUUCUGAUGCUAGCUCAGAAGAGAGGAAUAUAUACUCAUUCCAUGAAGAAGAGGGAGAAAUAGGAGAAUUUGAAGAGGAAGAAUCUAAUGGUGCUGUUGAUGCGCAGCAUACUAAUAGACAUGAAUCUGAGGAACAGGGUUUAGCUUAUGAUGAUAUCCCUCGAACAAUGGAAGACCGAAGAAAUGUUCUUAUGUUUGAAGAAGCUGGUUCAUCAGGAUCAUCUUCUGGAAGCCGAAGAUUGCCUCAACCUGCUACUCCUUCUGUAUCUUCACAGAAAUUUGGCUCUCUAUCUGCUUUAGAUGCCAGGCCGCGUCGUCCUUCAGAAAGGAUGCAAGAUGAGCUUGAGGAAGGAGAAAUUGCUGUAUCAGGUGAUUCUCAGAUGGAUCUCCAACAAUCAGGAAGUUGGAUUAAUGAGCGUGAGGAUGGUGAGGAUGAACAAGUUCUCCAACCAAGGGUAAAGCGUAAGCGCAGUCUUCGUGUUCGUCCUAGACACACUGUGGAAAUCCUAGAAGAAAAAUCCAGCAAUGAGAGAAUCUUCUCUCAGUGUAGGUCCCAGCUUCCCUUGCAGGUGGACCAUGACUUUGAUAUGCAAUUUAAGGCCGAUUCGGAACUGGAGACAUUUAAUGAGCCUGUUUCAGAUAGGCAUGAUGUUAAUACUACUCUUAAGCAAAGGCGCAAUUUACCAUCAAGAAAGACAUCAAAUAUCAGUACGCCAAAAUUCAGCACAUCAAGAUACAUGUCCGGAUCUGCAGAGGAUGCCAAUGAACAUUCUAGGGAAAGUUGGAAUAGCAAGGCCACAAAUACUGGUGACCCUAGCUUCACUGGCACAAAAAUGUCAGAUAGCACGCAGAGGAAGUGCAAAAAUGUUAUUAGCAAGCUUCAGAGGAAAAUCGAUAAAGAUGGCUAUCAAGUUGUUCCCCUGAUUUCUGAUUUAUGGAAGAAGAAUCAGAAUGCUAAUUUCAUGAGCACUUCUACUGUUACAAGUAAUGUUCUAGAUUUACGAAGAAUUGAUCAGCGUGUGGACAGUUUAGAGUACAAUGGGGUGUUGGACCUCAUAGCAGAUGUGCAGUUGAUGUUGCAGAAUGUUGUUCAAUUUUGCAAUUACUCAUAUGAGGUAAAAUAUGAAGCUCGAAAACUUCAUGACAUGUUCUUUGAUAUCAUGAAGAUUGCGUUCCCGGAUACAGACUUUCGAGAAGCUAGAAAUGCAUUCACUUUUCCCUCUCCUGGAGGAACUGGGAGUGCCCUGUCUCCGAAACUGGCUGCCUCAAGCCAAAGCAAGCCACAUCAUCAUAAGACUGUCACAGAUGUAAAACCAGAGCCAGGUCCUGUCAAGCUUGCACCUCGUGGCCCUGUGCCUCCGGAUGAAGACGGGGGGAGGGCUCGUGGCCGCCCCUCCAAGUCCCAGAAGGAAUCCAAGCCUGCCGGUGGGAGCGGCGGGGAGCAUUCAGCGCCUGAACUCUCGCCUCUGCUGACACACCCGGGGAAUCUGGUCAUUUGCAAGAAGAAGAGGAAGGAUAGGGACAAGCCUGCUGUGAAGAGAAUGGCCCCCAUGUCUCUGCCUGGCCCAGGGCCGGCAGGCCCUUUAUCUGCGGCUAACCCACGUCAGGUGGGUCCCAAGUCCCCGCCCAGCACCAAUCGUAGUCCCAGAAUCCCAGUCCACAAGGAUGCAUACCCAACUCAACAAGCAUUGCAUCCCAAUCAGUGGGCUUAUCAGCCAGCACAGCAGGCUGUUGGUGGGAUAGGCGGGCCUCGAAGCAUGGACGAAGUCCAGUGGGCCAAGCCUGUGAAGAAAAUGAGGACAGAUACUGGUAAAAGAAGGCCGAGCCAUCUGUGAGUUAUGAUGUGUUUGUAUGUCCUACUUUGUAUGCUCUGGCAAUCGAGAGGUGAUGCAUCCCCACCACCCUUUCUCUGUAUGCUGCUUUUUACAUCCCCCAAAACCUCUCUCAUUUGAUGGUAGUGGCUGUGAUGAUAGUGUUUUACAAAUUCAAGGAAAGACAGGAGGGAAAGAAACAGUUUCUGAGCAAUGAAUUCUCAUGUUUCUGUUUUUAAAA